AGUCACCCAGGCGCCCCAACCACUUGACAAAUGUUUACUGAGCUGGGUUCCAGGAACUAGUUGGGGGAAAAAAAAAAAAUCUCAAUCUCAAGAGCUCCCAGACUGAAGGAACAAAACAAAAUAGGGUCAGCUCAGCCACAAUAAUUGAGUGUUAAAGAGGCAGAGAAGCAUGCCCUGGGGAAGGGCAUUCUAAGCCAAAGAAAUGGCUGUACAAAGGCAGGAGGCAUGGAGACAAAGAAUUGUUGGAGCCAAAUGGCUUUUGUAUGCAGAGAGGUAUGCCCUGAAUCCCACAAAGCUGAAAUCUAUUCCAGCCAGGGGAACAUUCACAACUGGAAAAUAGCCAGAUGGGGCAGGCCCAGAGCCUAAACUGUUCAAAUUUAGGAAAGGACCCAGCAAGUUCUCUCAGGGCUUCCUGUGAGAUCUGACUUUUUCCUCACCGGUCUGUGGCGCCUCCAAGGCCACCCACACCGUUUCCACCUCCCCAGCUCACGACAGGCCCAAGUCUGGGCACAAAAGGCAGACCAAUUUUUGGUAUUUUGUUGGUGCCUGGUUGGAUUUGGGGGAAAGGGCAACUUCUAACUGCAGAUCGGGCGCCCAGAGUGGGGUAGGGCAGUUGCCCCCGGCAUGACCCGACCUAGUCUAGUAGUUGAAGUGCCCUUGUUACCAAGCUUGCUGAGGGGGGGCGAGACUGGGACUUGCUCCACUCUCAUUGGUCAGCAGAGAAGUGCCACCGAGGAACCCUUGUUGCCAGAGGCAAGAACGAGAGCCCAUUGGUCAGGACACCUCACAAUGGCCCCGGCAGCGCACAGGAUUCUUCCGAUUGGUUCGCUGUCUGCCUCGGGAGACCCCUGUUGCCUCGACGCCCAGCAGUUUCCUUGGCGCCCUGGAAAGAGCGCUUCCCAAGCCCACCCCCGUUCCCCAUUGGCUGUCGUGGGGGCCGCCGCCAUCUAAUGACGGAGGCGCAAAGCACCCGUGGGCGCGCUCCCUGCGGCAGGAUCUAGUCCCGCGGGAGGGCGACCCUGCCGGGACUACAGGUGCCGAAGCUGAGUGCAAGACUCAGGCGCCCGGCACUCCUGCGGAGGACCCCCGUUCUCCCUCGGGACCUGAUCUGGAGCCCAGCCCGGACCUGCCCUCGGGGAGCUCUGCACCUCCAACCUGGAACCCAACCCGAAAGGCCCCAGUAAGUUCGAAGCACCCACGCGGCGUGUGAACCCGCUCUGGGCAGAUGGAGAGGAGAAUCCCAACUGUUGUGUGUGCGGUCCGCGCCUCCAUUUGCUUCUCGCCUUAAUCCUUUAUCCACCGAUUAUUGGCUCCUUUAUUUGGCAUUCGGGGUCCACCUCGGUGCCACCUCUCCAAACCCUUCGUUCCAACGGUGUUGGGAAGUCCCUCGCCGCAAAGAAUUCCGAUUGAGAUCCGAACGGAGGAGUGGCGGAGACGGGGGUGAAACCCCUGUGGGACAAUGUUCUACUAUCCCAACGUGCUUCAGCGCCACACCGGCUGCUUCGCCACCAUCUGGCUGGCAGCGACGCGUGGCAGCCGGCUGGUGAAGCGUGAGUACUUGAAGGUGAACGUGGUGAAGACCUGGUAAGGCCCAGGAAGGGGAGGAGCGGCCGGGCCUGUGCGGGCAGGGUGGCAGGGCAACUGGAUGGAUCCGGUUGGCCAGGCUACGGGGUUGGUCCUUGGCGCAGGGGUGAGUAGGGCGUUUUUACCCCCAGCGAGGAAAUCCUCGAUUACGUGCUGGUACGAGUGCAGCCCCCGCUGCCCGGUCUACCGCGGCCCCGCUUCUCCCUGUAUCUCUCAGCCCAGCUGCAGAUUGGCGUGAUCCGGGUCUACUCCCAGCAAUGCCAAUACCUCGUAGACCCAGCCUGCUGCUUCCUAACCGCCUGGCCAUGAUGGAGACCCUGGAAGAUGCUCCAGACCCCUUUUUUGGAAUGAUGUCUGUGGAUCCCACACUUCCCAGCCCCUUCAGUAUCCCUCAGAUUCGACACCUUCUUGAGGCUGCAACCCCAGAGAGACUUCUUGAGGAGAUCCCUCCUGAAGUCCCUAUGGAGCCAACGAAGCCAGACAGGAUCCCAGUCACUGUGCUGUCCCCAGAGGCCAUCACCCUCCAAGAGGCAGAGCCCAUACGCAUGCUGCAGAUUGAGGGUGAACGGGACCUUCCGGAGGUCAGCCGGCGAGACUUGGAGCUGCUGAUUGCCGAGGAAGAAGAAGCUAUCUUAUUAGAGGAACGUGAAGAGUACAAGGAGGAGCCCCGGGCCCUGGAGGGAGAAGCCAUAUUACCCUCGCUUUCACCUCCAGCUCUUGUACAGGUGGAAGGGGCAGCAGAGCCACUUCCGGUCCCAGUCCCCGAGGAACCGAAGCCAGCAGGCUGGGAGCCUGAGGCCCUACUUACUGAGGUGACCCCUCCACCAGAGCUGCGUCUGCCAGCCCCUCCCAGCCCAGAGCAGAGGAGGCCCCCAGUUGUCCCAUAUCCUGUGAGCCCACCUGCUCGUCGCCGUCGCCGCCGCCAGUUACUGUUCUGGGACAAGGAGACUCAGAUUUCCCGGGAGAAAUUCCGGGAACAACUGCAAACCAGAGCCCACUGCUGGGAGUGUCCAAAGGUGCAGCCUCCUGAGAGGACCAUCAGAAGCCCCACGGAGCUAUUCCAAACCCCAACUCACUCUGGCUGGUUACCCCCAGAACUGCUGUCUUUCUGGACCCGCUGUGCCCAGCCACCCCCAGAAGCACUCAGGCGAAGGCCACCCCUGGAGCCUGAAGAGGAGGCUGAGGAGGAAAGGAGGAGGACUGAAGCUCUGAGCGAUAUUGAGGUCCUGAGAGAGGCCCAGGAGCCCAGCGGGCCCCUCAUGCUGUCUUCAGAACUCUCUCUAGAAGCGGCCGAGGAGGAGAAGACCCGCAUCAGCCUCAUCCCUUCGGAAGAACGGUGGGCCUGGGCCGAGGCAGAACAGCCAGAGGCCCCUGCACUGCCUGUGGUACCCGAACUCCCUGAAGUGCCUAUGGAGUUGCCUUUGGAGCUGCCCCUGGAGCCCGAGCUGCUGUCGCUGGAGGCUGUGUAUAGGGCAGUGGCACAGGAGCUGCAGGCCAACAGGGAGCCCGAUUUCAGCAGCCUGGUGUCCCCUCUCAGCCCUCGCAGGGUGGCUGCCCGGGCCUUCUAUCUGCUGCUAGUGCUUGCAGCACAACAGAUCCUUCGCGUGGAACAAGAGAAGCCGUACGGGCGACUCCUGCUGCAGCCGGGGCCCCGAUUCCACUGCGGUUAGAACUAAUUCACAAGAUGCCAGGAUACUGGUUACAUUAAAUAUGUCUUGCCUGCCUCA